AAUAUGUUCACAUUGUUUUUUUUUUCGUGGAAGAGGUGCAACAAAAUGCUGAACGAUAAACUUUCAUUUGAGUUAAUGUGAUACGAGCCACGAGAAAAUGAGGACAGUGCAAAAUAAUCAUGAUCAGGGGCCCGAUCGUUAUGUGCCCGACAGUAAUUUUACUGAGGAUUUUCUCUCCGCCUAUCCGUACAGUAUCUGAAAGCCUCUGUCUAGAGGAGAAUUAUCAACAUUCAACUUCUCAACUGACCAUUCGCAUGGCCGAUAGAAACAAAGAGUCACUGUGUAUGCUCCAUCGAAUGAACUUCGCAGUGCCGAGUGAUUUGAUCUUGCCCGGGAGGUGUAUUAGAAUCGAUGGAUGUUCGAAUUCAUCCUGUAUUGGUAUUAUAGACACCGACCAAUGCCGAGAAUCAACCGAGCGUUUAAUGGAAAACACGCUCCUGGAUACUUGUAUGCUCAUGGCAGUGUAAUACUAAAAAAAAAUGGCUUCGUAAACCGCUCCAGUAUGAACAUAGCUUUAAUAUCUGUUUUCCUUGUGAUCAUUAUUUUUAGUCUACAUAUUUAGCAUUAAUGAUUGUGAGACCUCACCCAGUUAAAUGAGCAUGAGAAUCGCCCUCUUUCGAAUGGUUAUUAUCUUCUGCGGUCUGAGUGAAAACCCGUUUUCUUUUAUGGUAAAUCGCUAAGAAGAUAGGGAUGAACGACUUCUCUAUGAAUCCGCCGGUACUAGUUUGUUAAUUCAUAAGCAAAGUAAUCGAGAAUUUUAUCGGAGUAUUUUUGUCCACGAGAUUUCUAAGAAAUUGGAAAGUAAAAACAGCGAAUGAACAUCGAGAGGGAAUUUUUAACCUACACGAGUCAAUGAUAAUAAUUUUCUGAUAGUUUAGGUAAAUUGACGGUGUCAUAAGUGACUGCGGAAUCCGCAUCAAUUAAUUGAAAUGACGCAAUGAAGAAAUCGUGAUGAACUUUAUGCUCAAGUUAUUUACCUGAACUCCAGUAUUUCAAUCUUAAAAAUUACAACAGAGAUACUCCACAUUUAAUUUGUUAUUCAACUGAAAUUGAAACAUAACUAGAGGAAUGUGCAGCCAUUGGAAUGAAAAAAAAAAUAUCGACAAUGAUUUAUGCCCCACAUAAAUUCAAUUUCCAUCUAAUGCAAUUUCGCUCAAGAUAUGCAAACGUUACACUUUCAUGAACAUGUAACCAUGAACCCGGACGGCUCUGAGAAUAAGAGGUACAUUAUUUGAUAAAUUAUCGUUGAUUGCACAAUUGAAAACACCACAGCUUUAAUUAAAGCACAAAAAGACUCGUAAAAUAUUUUUAUUCCCUGGACAGAAAUUUUUGCGAAGAAUAAUUCAAUCCUUUUCCCUUUUGGAUCUCCUCAAUGUAACGUAACGUACCACCAUUUGAUUCUGUCAAAAUAAAUUUGCAAUUUCCGAAGAUUAUGUGAUUUCUCAUGCCCCGACCCAAUUCAACACCACGGAAUAAAUUAACUAUGGAUUGGCCAUUUGAUGUGGCACAAAUUGAACACCAAUCACCCACAGUAAUAGUAAACUCGUGCAGUGCUAAGAGGCAAUAGAGGGCUCACCCUAGAUUGAACUGAUGUAACUGUGCUAACAGUACUUGUCUUUGUUCGAUUAUAACGAUGGCACACAAGUGUGGAAUCAAUCACUUUCUGUCCACGAAUGACACGUCUGAGAGAUCGGAGUGAGUUUUAAAAUAUUUCAUCCAAUAAAUUCCAUCAAUCAUUUGCCCUCAGAGGACGUUGAUGAUAGACAGAAUUUGCCAGUAAUGAAUGAAAUAAUCUUAAU